UACCACCACAUCGCCAAGUCGGGCCCAGACCCCGUCGAGCACACGGUCACCGUCAACGUCGAGUACACGCGCACGUUCCUGCGGGCCCUGUACCGCGCCGAGGUCGCUGCGGGCGUGCUGCGCCCGCUCGGGAGCGAGGGCAUGUGGUGGGACGACUCGGACUCGGACCGCGAGGACUACGGGUCCGACAGUGAGGCUGGCUAUCCCAGCAUCAGGGACGACUGCUGCGUCAUGUGA